CUUUGUUUACAGAAACCAUGGUGCGCUGUAAUUAAUUGAUGAUCUCUGGACCAUUCCUAAAACAUUUCCAUGCAUUUUCCUCCACAAAUCAUUGCAUUUCAUCAAAGAAAAUAGCGUGUUUUUAACGUCAGGGUAACCUCCCGUUAAUCUUGAAGAUGUCUCGGCUACCGGGCGGUGGUCAGCAGCGGCAUGUUGAGUAUGAUUUGCCGGCGUCGUGUUCGUCAAGUUCCGUGGGUCUGACGCCCAUUAGUUUGAGAGGCAACCUGCCUCAUUCUCAGUCUUGGACGGUCGUGCCUGAAUACAACAUGGCACUCAGACAACAACGAGUAGCAGAUCCCUUUGAGUGCUGGAAGUACGAUGUUCGGAGCCAAAUUGCCAACAUGAACGAUAAACUGCAAGAUUCCUUGGAGCAGCACCCAGACCCAUCCACCAGAUAUCUCAAGGCCAACCUGACCUCGCCUGAGCUGGAACCAGACUUUGACCGGCGGAAAGCAGAACAGUUGAAACAGCAGACAAGAAUGAUAACCAACUCACUGGCGUAUGGCUUGGGAAGAAAGUGAACGCUUUUGAUGCAGAAAAAAAAGCGCAAGUUUGAACAAGUGGGGCGCUGUUGCGUGUGCUGUGUAAGGUUGAAGUGUCUCCACCGAUGCAUUCAUUUCACGGUUGUGCUUAUUGUCACAAAUUUGCAUGAGAGGUUGCCAUAGUAAAACAUGACUACCAUACUAUUACUAAAUUUGUCGGCGAUGAAGUGAUUUCUACUUAUGUAAACAAUUUUACAUUGGGGAUGCACAAAAGUUUGCAAAUCUGGAAAUUAUUUCUUUAAUCACAGCACUAUAUACAAGCCUCUGUUGGAAACACAGAUUUGCUUGUUUCAAUUUUUAAGAAACUAAGCAGCUGAAACAUUCAACUUUUUUUUGUACAAAAGCUAUUGUUUUUAUUUGUUGUCACAAAAGGCAGUUGCAGACAUUAACUCAUUCGUCACAUGUACCCAUUUUUCUUAUUAAAGUUGCUUUUUAUUACAAAUUUAUUUUAAACAGGGUGAAAGGGAAAGGGAAGGUCAUUUUGAUUUUAUGAAGUAUAAAUUUCUACAAACACUGUUAAGUUGUUUCUUGUGCUUUGAACGACCGGGGUAUAUUUUCUGCUAAGCAACAUUUUUAUUCUGCUUAACACUUGCGUCAAAUUGCCCCUCUGUUUACUUCAAAACAACUCGCUCCUUUUCGUGGCUAUGGAAGGAAUUAAAAUGAGUUUCAUUUUUAACGCAGAUUUGUUUUGGAAAGACAAAUCUUACUUCAGAGCCUAUCAGCCGAAAUAUUUUUUCUGUAGAUGCGUUUAGUAAGAUUGCGUUAUUUAUGGCCUUUGCGAUUCUUGCUGAAAAUGAAAAAAAAAGAAUUUUUGAGGGAAAUAUAUUCGGCAAAUUGCAACGUGUUCUACGAAACUGGCAUUGACAGUGACAAUCCAAUUUUAAACUUAAAUUCAAAUGAGUCUGACACCUUGUUUUCAAGUGUGAAGCGAUUUUCAGAGUAGAAGCGGGACACGUUAUUGCAAAACAAUUUUAGUAAAUAUGAUUUGAAGAAAAAAAAACCAGUCGCGUCUUAUCAACAAGACUCGCAUUCCAACUGAUCAUUGAUGUAAAAUGCAUUACUGAUACUGACAAGUUGAAAAAAGCACAAGAAACAACUGGAGUCAAGUCUAAUCCUAGGGAUAACCUUUGACCUGGGGUCACCAAGCACAUUAUAAUCACCACUUAAUUGCAUUGAUACACUUAAUUUUUAUACCACUUUUGUAACUCCCACCAUCGGUGUUGUACAGCACAAAAUCAUCAAGAUCAUACCCACGGACAAUGCGGUCAGCAAACAUAUUUUUAACACCAUAUGCCUUAAGACUACGUGUGUGAUUUUCAAGAACAAUUAGCAAGGUGGUGGAAUUAUUUUGUUUCUAAACAAAUUUGUAACUAAAAUUGGGAUAACAAGUUGUUGUAAAGUUAUGCGUUUUACAAAGUAAGUUAUAAAGUUGAAGUGGCUUACGCUGAUACAUUAAUUUAGCUUUUCACUUGUUUGGCAAUAACACAGGUUUUACAUGAUGCAUUUAUAAGGUUACGUAAAAAUAUCAGACAUAAGGGUAGUAGUUUGUACAGAGCGGGACCAUUUUCUGUGAAAAUGAUGACAAUGACUUGAAAUAUACUCAAAUUUGAUUAUAAGAACAAAUGGAACUAGGGCUCAGGUAAUUCACAGUUCGGUGUCAAAGGAAGUGUAUAUUUAUAAUUUUGUGUUCCAAAAGAGAUAUUUUGCAAUAAAGAAGAUAUUCAAUUUUAAAUUUUGGAAGGGGGUGGUAAGAAUUCUCAAGUGUGCGAUAAAAAAAAAUAUAAUUCUUCAAAAAAAAAAAUCCAAGGUGCAGGUUAAUAUUAAAUAUUUCUUGGUCAUUAUUUUGGUAAUAUAAUUCCAACUAAUUUUUUUAAAAGGAUUUGCCUGUUAUAGUUUCUGUGCAGAUGUUGUUUUGUCAUUUAAAGUGGGUGUUGUGAAAGUUCAUUUCUGUAACAAGAUAACUCAUUGUGUGUGUGUUUUUACCAACAUUCUUUCAUUACUACCACGCAUAAGUAUAAUAUUGUUAUAAUUAUUUCAUUCUUUUCACUGAUAUGAGCAAAUAAAAAGAUUAUGUGCA